GUUGCUAGCUUCACUAGCUCAGCUCCAUAGUUUGUAGCUGUCAGUCAGCUGGGUGAGGAUGCUGACCGCCUGAAAGCCGAACCGAACCAAAACUGGACCCCUGCGGUUAACUUCUACUAACAGACUGGAUACCAGGGAUCAUGGUGACCAAGAAAGUCAGGACGGAGUACAUGAAGAAGUUCAGGGAUCCCAAAUGGGAGACGUUCUCUAAAUGCUACGAGGACUCUCUGAAGUACCGCCUGACCCGCCGGCUGAUGGAGCAUUCCCAUAAGCCCUGGUUCUGGGAGGGCUGGGAGAGCGCGUCCGACUCCAGCGGCCGGUCCACGCCCAGACCCAGCAGGAACCGAGUGGCCCCUCUGUCUCUGCCGCCGGCCCCCUGCUCAGAGGUCAGACACAGGCUGAUGGAGGGGAAGACCGGUCCUGGAGUGAAGCCGGAGGGAGAACCAGCAGAACCUCCUGCUGUAGAUGCAGCAGCUCCAGCAGCUGCUGUAGAGAAUGAUGUAAAGUGGCCCCUGGCAGCUUCAGGGGCCGUCCCUGCAGACAUUAGCGGGCCCUCAGAUGACACAGACGACAGGCCUGACGGUUCAGAGUCGUCCGACGAGAAGCCGGUGAAGCCAGCGCCACGGAGACGGCACCGCUGCCGCGCCCCUCGCUCUGUGCCGGCGCGGCGGGACAGCUCCCUGGACAACAAUCCGACCACGAUCCAAAAACCACCGAGGGCCAAGAGCCAACCUGCCAUCAGCAGCAAGGGCCACCGCAGACCGUCCUCCAGGAUGGACUGGACCCAGAGACACCCAGAGACCAACGCCACCGGCGUUCAGGACCAGCCUGACCGGAGCGGCUCCAACCUGGACCGCCGGCGGGCCCGCUCCGCCGACCUGGAGAAGACACGGCGCUCUCAGCUGACCAUGGCCGCCGCCGACGACCGCUGGACGACAGAAUACAUGCGCUGCUUCUCUGCCCGCCUCAGGUAGAGGCCCCUCCCCCACAGAGUUUCCUCAUCAACCAGAGGAGCCUGAUGAGGACGAGGGGGGAAGUUAGCAGGAGAGCUUUAAACUGGUCAGGAACACCCCCUACCCCACCCCAGAGAGAAGCAGAAUUUAAAUGCCAAUCUAGGAGAAGCGAUCUAUGAAGGCAGCUAAAGAUUAGGGUGAUGGGAAAGAGGCUUUUCCCUGUGGACAAAUCAUCCAAACCAAGGUUCCAUUUAUUCAGAUAUUCGAUUUCUAUUCAAAUGAAAAUAAUCUGAUUGGUUAUUUCUGAUCAGCAUGAAUCCUCUGAGGUCAUUUCUGUUUCAUUUCCUUUCAGGAGGCUGGUUCAAAGGAAAUAUUCUGAGUUAAAUCUAGCAGAUCAGUUCCAGAUGAUCGGUUUCAGAUUAAUGAGCAGAUUAUACAUGAGAUCAGCUUAGAUUUAAAGAAUAAAAACACUAAUCUCUGCUGGGUCAACAUCACUUAGAGACCAAUUUAGUUAGGAAAAUUUAAAUUUCACUUAUUUCAUAAAUUGAUUUUUACAAAGGGGUAUUAGGGCCAGACUAGAGAUUUUUUUAUUUUUUUAAAUUUUGAGAAUACAGUUGUAAUAUUACGAGAAUAAAGCCGUAAUACUUCAAGAAUGAAGUCAUCAUAUCACAACCCGUUUCAGAAAGAAAUCUUUGAGCU